UUCCAGUGAGCUAAUGGGAGGGGCUGAGGCUGCCCAGCCCUUGCCUAGCCUUUGGUCCCCUUUCUAGCAACAAGGGGUCUAUUCAUGGUUUCUGAGCAGAGUUCAUUGUCUCUCCGGCGUGUGUGUGUGUGUGUCUGUGUGUGUGUGUGUGUGUGUGUCUGUGUGUGUGUGUGUGUGUGUAGGGCGAUAAAGGGAGGAGCCAUGUGUAAACUGGGGAGACCUUAUACUUCAACCAAGCUGGUCCGGCUAUUUAAUCAAUGCUGAUCCAAGAUCAAGGGCAGAGUGCUGCCUAGCAGACCUUGAGGCUAUACAUCGGUGCCACUGACCCAUAUGAGCCUGAUGCUGGAUGGCCCAGCCCCUGUGGAGGCUCAGUAUGCAGAGGAGGGUCCAGGAUCUGGGAUCUUCAGAGAAGAGCCAGAAGACCCCCUACAGAGCCCGGAGGCCCAGCAGCAACCCAGUAGGCCAGACUGGGCCAUAGGGGAACGACUGGUCUCCUCGGCAGGGCGCUGCUGCACCGGGUGGCAUGGCUGGGCGUUGCUGGGAGCCCUAGGGCUGCUGGCUGGUGUGAGCAUCGGCUCCUGGCUUCUAGUGCUGUAUCUGUGGCCAGCUGCCUCUCAGCCUGUCCCCGGGACCCUGGAGGAUGAGGAGAUGACUUGGAACUGCUCCGAGGCCAGUGAUGAGGAAGCCCUGCAUCCCUCACUUCCCAGAACAGUAUCUUUCAGGAUAAACCCAGAGGAAUUCUUACUGGAAGUACAGGUGAGGGCCCGGCCAGACUGGCUCCUGGUCUGUCACGAAGGCUGGAGCGCUGCCCUGGGGGUGCAGAUCUGCCGGAGCCUGGGGCAUCUCAGACUCACUCACCAUAAGGCAGUGAACUUGUCUGACAUCAGGCUCAACGGCUCCAGGGAGUUUGCUCAGCUCUCUCCUAGAUUGGAAGGCCUCCUGGAGGAGGUGUGGCAGCCCAGGGACAGCUGUACUUCUGGGCAAAUCGUGUCCCUCCAAUGCUCUGCUCCCUCUCGCCGGUGCUUGUUUGCUUGCAGAGUGUGGGGCCAGGCCCCUGGCUUCCAGGAUAGUCGGCGGGCAGGCGGCGGCUCCUGGGCGCUGGCCCUGGCAGGCCAGUGUGGCCCUGGGCUCCCGGCACACGUGCGGAGGCUCCGUGCUGGCUCCGAGCUGGGUGGUGACGGCGGCACACUGCACGCACAGUUUCAGGCUGUCCCGUCUGUCCAGCUGGAGGGUCCACGUGGGGCUGGUCAGCCACAGCACAGUCAGGCCACACCAGGGGGCCGUGGUGGAGCGGAUCAUUGCCCACCCUCUCUACAGCGCCCAGAAUCACGACUACGACCUCGCCCUCCUGCAGCUCCGGACCCCGCUCCACUUCUCAGGUGGUACAGGGCCCGACCCCUACAGCUGUACAGGAGGCCGGACUUGGGGGCAGGGAGCCCGAGCUUGAGUGGGGUCCAGGACCACUGCCUCUCCACAGACACCGUGGGCGCCGUGUGCCUGCCAACCGAAGAGCAGGCUUUUCCGAGGGGCUCGCAGUGCUGGGUGUCUGGCUGGGGCCACACUGACCCCAGCCACACCCACAGUUCGGACACGCUCCAGGACACGGUGGUGCCCCUGCUCAGCACCCAGCUCUGCAACAGCUCUUGCGUGUACAGCGGGGCCCUGACGCCCCGCAUGCUGUGUGCCGGCUACCUGGAUGGGAGGGUCGAUGCCUGCCAGGGGGAUAGCGGGGGCCCCUUGGUGUGCCUGGACGGGGAUACCUGGCGCCUGGUGGGCGUGGUCAGCUGGGGCCACGGCUGCGCGGAGCCCAACCACCCCGGCGUCUACAGCAAGGUUGCUGAAUUCCUGGACUGGAUCCAGGACACGGCGCAGGUCCACUAGAUGGAGGAGAAGCAGCAGCCCUGGAUGCAGAAGGCAUGGAUCUCUUAUCACUGCACAAGGGACAGUCACCACCCAUGGGCCAGCUUCCGGGUCACAGGGCCUCCCCCUUGGGCCCUGAGUUGCAUCCCUUCAUCUCACCAGAGAGCCUCAAUGACAGGAGAGACGCUGGGGCUGGGUUGGGAAGGUGGAGGAGCAGAGAGAUGGCGGGAAGCAUCUGGAGAGGAAGAGGCUGCUGGCAGCAGCUGGGAGCCUGCCCUUCAGCACUCCCCCCGCCCCCGGCCCUAGUCCACAUCUUUUGGGCGGAUGCUUAGGGAUGCCCUGGGCCUGCCUUCCCCCUGUGCUCUCAGGAGGGGGAUGUACCUUCCUAGAGAUCCAGGCUGGGAAGUUCCUGGGCAGAGAGGGUCAAGGCUGGCCCAGCUCAGGUUAAAGCCAUGGAGUCUUCUCUCAGUCUCAUCUGCUUUCUGCUCUCAACUGGCUUUGGCUGGACCUGCUAAGAACACAUUGUAAGAUCACACUGGUUGGCGUUGAAAUCGGGUAUAGGUUUUAAAAUGACAGUUCUGUGAACUGGUCCAAGACGUUCGUUAUUAAAACAAAGCGAUGUAUGGUCUUGGUCCCGGCCUCCCCCCAGCCCAUCCUCUUUUCUCUCUUUCUCACACACACCUUAAGGGGAGGGGGAUCACAGUUUUCUCCCUUACAUGCUUCUUAAAGGUCUGGAACUGGCUCCCGCUCAUCUCUCUAGAACUCCGCCAUGUACUUGUUUGUAUGAUUCUUUACACUUGUUAACUCUCCAUGAAGCAAUUGGCGACAGAAAGCCCCACCCGUCCAGGUGCUCUGAUUCUGCAAGAUCGAGCCCCCCUGAGUCGGCGUUGUCUCCAGGCAGGUCUGGCUUUGGCACCAGACCCAUCUCUCCUCACCUCUUGUUUCAGGAUUGGGGCCGUCUGGACUCUGGGAGAUAUCUUUCUGAGUUUCUGCCCAGUUAGCAUUUUCCUGGUUAAGCUUCUCCCCACUCUCUCCGCUCUAGCAAUUAAAAUGCAAUUGGCAUCUUGUUUCUAAAAACUGCAAUGAAUUUUUUAUGGUGCUUACCCAAGGAAAUGCAAUUAGCGUUUAGCAAUAACACAACUUUUUUUGUGAGUUUAUCAGCAUUUUUUGGAGGGGUAGUACAAAUGAAUCUCCAUUUCUGGAGGGUCUACUUCCUUUGCCAGAAGUGCACUAAAAAGCGAGGGCUGCAAUUUACUCUUGUUUUAUUACCUGGGGAAGUGGUUGCUGGGAGUCUGUUGUCAACCUGCAGAAGCUCCGUGGGAGAGGCCCUGGCAGGUGGCCGAUGGCCUCCCCUGUGCUCUUAGAGCCCUGACCUCCAGCCUCCAUCCUGAGAUCAGCAUUUACUACCUGACUUUGCUAAGCUCCCACUUCAAGAGGAGUUUCAGGCCACUGAUCUCCCCGGAUGGGGCAGAGUUGCCAGCAAAUCCGUCAGCUAUGAUCACAUGAGGUGUUCUCCAUGUGCAUUUUUUGGCCACACCUACAGCCUGCGGAAGUUCCGAGGCCUGGGAUCAAACCAGGUGCCAUGGCCGUGACUUGAGCCACAAUAGUGUCUACACCCGAUCCUGAACUGCUAGGCCACCAGGGAACUCCCCAUUUGUUUAUUUAAAGUGAGCUUUUUAUUUGCCACAGUCAUUAUGACCUGUUAAUAAAAAUCAGUAACAUUCGGAAACCACA